CUACCAUCCAGAGAGCACAGCUAACCUGAGGGGGCCCUCCCCAGCCUAUCGCCCUAUUGGCGGGCGCUAAACUGGUUGGCCAUGGAGCGUCGCGCUGCCUGCUGACACGGAGAAAUUAGGCACCGUCGAGCUAGCGAAAUUAGCGUUGGCGGCUUACCCUCUACAGGGGUUGCGGCUUUACCGUUUGGGGCUUGGAGAGUCUCCAUUGCGGGUAAGUCGAGAACUCCAUCCUCCACAAUAUCGGGCGGUUCCUGCAGCAGAUUUCCUUCAAUGGCAUUGUCGCCGGCCAAUGUGCUGGCCUCGCUUCGGGAACGUGGGAAGAAGAGGCCCUUGAUGGUACGUUAGUCUUUCGCCGAGCCACGCCGAACUUGGGUCCCCUCCCCCUGGGAUUGGGGUCUGCUCUUCGGCAGUCAUCGUGAUAUGUGUGAUUCUGUCUAUAUAAAGCUGAGAUCCUCCAGAGACACACGGGGGACCCCAUCUCCUGACUGUUCCCGCGCUGUCUCACAUCUCUAUUAUCAUUCCUUGCACUGCAUACCUUUGCCGGUCAUCCUUUUAUAACACCAAGACCCUUACCUGUCUACUUCCUCUUACUCUACACAAUGCAGUACUCUCUUGCUACCCUCUUUGCCCUGGUCCUUGCCAGCGGCGCCUCUGCCGCCAACACCCUUCUAUCUGGCAAGGGAUUCGGUACCUACUACUACGACAUCAAGCAGACCAAGGCCUGCGGUGCCGACUUCUCCAACCAGAACAAGGGCUCUGUCAUGUGCUCGUGGACCAAGGGCCGCACCCUCAACGACAUCAACUCCAACAACCUUGUCGCCAUGGCCAACACUGCUCUUAAGACUGCCGAAGGCCGCUCCAAGUACUGCGGCAAGCGUGUCAUUGUCACUGUCAACGGCAAGAAGUCCAACAUCCCCUUCUUCAUCGGUGACGGCUGCGAGCGCUGCGCUCACGGCUCCGACAGCACCUGGAACGCCAACGGUGCUGCUGGCCUCGACUUCUCCUACUCCCAGCUUGCUGCUCUCUCCAGCGAGGCCUGUGCCAAGGGCCACAUCUCCAUCUCCUACGAGAUUGUUGACGAGACCCUCUACUCCAACUUCUAAGUGACUGAUGUUGAGCUGGCUCUAUAAUGUUGUGAAAUGCGGGAAGCGGGUGUAUAUGCUGUGUCUUUGAAGUACAUAUUUGUAUAGGACGAUAUUGUUGUACAUACAAAACUCUAUACAUACACAUAUAUAUUAUUGUAUAUAUCCAUACA